AUGGAAUAUGGCGACCUAUGCGAAGCGCUCGCGGGUUGCCUUGUCUCCGUGAUCGGAGAAAAUAAUAAAAAUAAUAAUAAUAAUAAUAAUAAUAAUAAUAAUAAUAAUAAUAAUAAUAAUAAUAAUAAUAAUAAUAAUAAUAAUAAUAAUAAUAAUAAUAAUAAUAAUAAUAAUAAUAAUAAUAAUAAUAAUAAUAAUAAUAAUAAUAAUAAUAAUAAUAAUAAUAAUAAUAAUAAUAAUAAUAAUAAUAAUAAUAAUAAUAAUAAUAAUAAUAAUAAUAAUAAUAAUAAUAAUAAUAACGUGCUUUACUACCAAGCGGGCUACUUUUACUAA